AUGGUACAUUUAUUAUCAAGCCAACAUGAUGACGAUAAAGUAUGUGCUUACUUACAAAAUAAGCGAAAUAUGAUCAUAGAUUACAAUGCGAGUAAGGGGGGCGUUGACCAUGCAGAUCAACUUAUUAGAGAGUAUUCAUGCAGCAGAAGAACAGCUCGAUGGCCGUAUAGAUUAUUUAUGAACGUGAUAGAUAUUUGUGCUUCAAAUGCUUUCAUUUUAUACAAUGAAAAAAAUCCUGAUUGGCAGAAAAAUAAUUACUCGAGACGACGAUUAUUUCUUUUACAAUUGGGAGAUGAUCUCGCUCGGAACUAUAUGGUGAAAAGAUCCCACUACAAAAAUCAUACGGACCGUGUAAAAACGGCUCUACGAGACUGCGGAGUAGUAAUGGACGACCAACAUAUUCCUAAACCACAAGCUCCUGCUAGAAAACGGGCCAAAUGUUAUGAAUGCCCUCGAAAAGAUGACAGGAAAGUAAACAUAACUUGCACUGUUUGUAGUAAAUUUGUUUGUGAACUUUAUAGAAAAAAGGAGCAAACUUAUGUAUGUACCAAAUGUUUCUCAACGUGA